AUGCCGAAGUUGAUCACCGUCAUUGGUGCCACCGGCAUCCAGGGCGGCUCUGUUGCUCGAACACUGCUCGCGGAUAGCACGUACAUCGUGCGGGCAGUCACUAGGAAUCCAGAGAGCGCCGCAGCGGUGUCUCUUCGCACCCAAGGAGCCGAAAUUGUUCAAGCAGAUCUUGACGACGUAACCUCACUUGCAGCGGCUGUCGACGGGUCAUAUGCCAUCUUUGCCGUGACAAACUUUUUUGAAGCGUUUCCUACCGCUGGCGCAGUCAGGGCCCAGGAGACUGAGUCGACUCACGGCAUCAACUUGGCCAAAGCAGCAGCUGCAACUCCUACUCUUCAACAUUACAUCUGGUCGACCCUUCCCAACGCUAGCGAAGUGAGCAAUGGAAGAUGUUUCAUACCGCAUUAUGCGGCGAAGAACAAGGUCGAUAGUUACAUCAGAUCGGAUCCGGAGUUGCUGAGCAAGACCACAUUCCUCUGGGUCAGCUUCUAUGCAUCGAACCUACAGUAUCCAUUCUAUGAGCCUUUCCCCGUCGCGACCGCAGGAUCCAACAAGUACGCUCAAAUUCAAGCAACGCCGCCUUCGGUUCCCAUCACUCUCGUCGGCGACGCCAGGUCUAAUGUUGGUCUCUUCGCCAAAUCAAUCUUGGAUCAGCCUCAAAUGACACUGCCAGCGAAAAUCGUUCUGGCUUCAACUGAUGAGAUGACUGCUGGCGAGCUGCUGUCACUGUGGGCAUCAAUUCAUGGCAAGGACGCAGUAUACGUGCAGGCGGACAAAGACACAUACUACAGCAUGUGGCCGAUGUGGGCGGAGAUCAUGGACGCCUCACACAUGUACUGGGAACUAGCCCAGGAGAAGAGCUACUCCAGUGAGGGGCAAGUCGUUUUGACCAGACAAGAUCUGGGUGUUUUCGGCUUAGUGGACACUGCUACAGCAAUAGCUAGAACGAGGAAUUAA